CGCGCAGUCCGACAGCAAGUGGGAGCUACGCCUACUACUGAUGAACUCGCCCCCCUCUUGUCGCGCGCGCGGCCGGCCCUGAUCCCAAAAGCCGCCUAUUUGGAGGUCUAAGAUCUUGUUAAUGUUCAUCUGGAGAUAGCAUGUGAUGUCUGAACAACAGGACCAUGCUAGUAAAAGCUCUAGCUCAAGCAUCAGCACCAGCACUCAGGAGAGCGAGGAGGAAGCGUCCGUAACUAUAGGUAGCCUGCUCGCCCAAGCAAGGAACAACAGUGGGCGUCGUCUUGGGAAGCGCCUCUUGCAUUUGGGUUCAAUCCCGCACACCCCUCGAGUUAACGGAGAGAUUCCUAACGUUGACAAUGCAACCUUGGAUCAUGAAAGGUUGUCGGAAAGGUUAGGGACUUACGGUUUGGCCGAGUUUCAAAUAGAGGGAGAUGGGAACUGUCAGUUUCGAGCUUUGGCAGACCAGAUUUUUUGCAAUCCUGAUUAUCACAAACAAGUCAGGAAGGCAGUCAUGAAACAGCUAAAGGAAUUCAGAAAACGCUAUGAAGGCUAUGUACCAAUGGAAUAUAAGGUGUACCUGAAGAAAAUGAAAAGAUCUGGGGAAUGGGGGGAUCAUCUGACCUUGCAAGCAGCUGCAGACCGGUUUGGUGCCAAAAUUUGUUUGGUGACGUCAUUUAGAGACACCUGCUUAAUUGAGAUAGUCCCCAGGGACCUGACUCCCACAAGAGAGAUUUGGCUGAGCUUCUGGUGUGAAGUACACUACAACUCCUUGUAUGGAACUGACGAUAUCCUGACCCGCAAAACUAAGAAGAAGCAUUGGUUGUUCUAGGGUGGUUCCAACUUCUGAGGAGCUUCUCUGUGUAAGCUGUUCUUCUCUCUUCAGUUCGGCGGGGGUCUGCAGUAGUACUACUAACGGCUUGCUACCAUGGCCAACAUUGUAAAAUCCAGGUUGAAGCUCUGCUUGGAACGCAUAUGAAGGACACAGCCAUGAAAAUAUCCCGCGUCCCUCGAGCUUGCUUAGGCUUAUGAGCUAAUGUACAGUAAGUUUCAAUGAGGAUCUUUGCAGCUUUAAGCUCCAUGAGUUGUGUUCUGCGUUCCCUGAGCUUGCGUAGCCUUAUAUGAGCUAAUGUACAGUAAGUUUCAAUGGGCCCUGCAGUCUGCAAUGAGGUUCUUUGCAGCUUUAAGCUCCAUGGUUUAUGUUCUAUAUAGUACACAUGGUUUUUUUUUCA